AUAUGCACAACCUAGUCAGAAAAUCAUGAAGAGUUAUUAUUAUAACAUCGCUUUAUUUGCUUUCGUUGGAAAUUUUCUCCAGAACUUAGAGAGUGUUAUGUACAGUUUACCAGAUACAGCAAAAGUAGUUGAAUCAUGUCCAAGGUCACAGAAUGAAUGGAUGGAGAGGUCAAGGAUAAAAAAUUGCUCCAGUUCUACACAUCCCAACAUCUCUUAUCAUUGUGUACUCAAUGAAUGGGGAAAUGCUUCUGUUGAAGUGUGUGCAGCUUCCAGAGUUUUACUUUAUGGAAGCUGUGCCGAGUAUAACUUUGGUGCAAAACGAAUUCAGAGUUCCAGCAUUCGAAGAUGUUCAUCUUCAAAUCCACCUUGUCCCAAGGUUUAUAAUUCUAGCCAAGCAUAUAUGUACCAAACAUGUUAUCAUGUUAUUGCCUCAAACAUUUCCCAUAAUACCUCCAAAUCAGAGUCACAUUCAUCAUCGGGAUUAUGUACUGCGGAAGUUGCAGUAAUAUCAAUAUCAAUUAUCAUUCUGGCAAUUAUCAUCACAACCACAGUUUGCAUUGUUCUGAAAAGAAAGCUCUGCCUAUCAUUCAAACGUCAAUUAGAUGAAUGCCAAACGCCAUGUAUGGACAAUAACAAAGAUACUCAUAGCAACAAACAAUUGAUUAAGUAAUGACUUAGAUAAAAAUAAUUAUUCGCUAAUUAAGUAACA